GAGUUUCGCCAUCAGUUUGAAGACGGUGUCCCUUUUUGGUUAGUGUCAGUGGAGGAAAGGGAGAGUAGAGGGACGUUGAGAGGCAGACCCUCAGUCUGCUCCCCUCGAAGAGUGCAAUUGGGGUCUGCAAUUCGGCGGCGUUCCUGCAUGUGGCUGUUCCUGCAUCUCCGAUAACCCCUCUUUUUUACUUCAAUUGGUAACUUUUUAAACUAGGACAGGCAGGAGGCGAUGGUGCUCCAGUACAGUAGGUGGCGUUAAUGCACAAUAAUGUUGGAUGCCAGUCCCCGAUAAACCCACAGAUGCAGGGGCGACAACGGUACUUGGCUAGCUGUACACCAGUAUUGGUUUUUAGCUAGCUGUCGGGCUCUAUUUUCCUGCAGUCCUGUUAAUGAUGGCGAUGGCAGUUGUUUGGCAGGUGGAGGCGAAGGACACUGUGUUCUAGCUUCACCAGCCAGUCCAAUACACACCAGGCGGGAGGCAUGGCGACACCGGGUACUGGCUAGAUAACUAGCAUGCACACAGUGUCCCUAACUAGCAAGUUAGCUAGCACACAAUGUCUCCCCAUCCUCCCACCUGCUGUGCUACCGGUAGGCGGUGGCGACACCGGGUACUGGCUAGAUAACUAGCAUGCACACAGUGUCCCUAACUAGCAAGUUAGCUAGCACACAAUGUCUCCCUAUCCUCUCACCUGCUGUGCUACCGGUAGGCGGUGGCGACACCGGUAGACAGUGUCCUUUACCCCCACCUGUCGGGCACUGUUUUCCCACAGUUCUAUUAAUGACGGUGAGGGCGGGUGUCCCGCUAGGUAGCAAGGAGGACUCCGGCAGGUGGGAUUGAAAAAACUCAUGCAGGAACCAAUGGGAUGCUCGGGGGGGUUCAUGAAGGAACCAAUGGGAUGCAUGCAGGAACACCCCAAAUUGCAGGCUGCAGUUGCACAAUAUUGCUGCACUCUCCCUCCACUGAGACUGACCAUCAGACGCAGAUUCCAUCAGCCCACCGUGCCCUUCCCCCUGAGUCAUCGCCUCACGUUGAAGGAGGUCUUUGACUGUGAGGGGAAGCCCAGGGUGGACCUGCUCAAAGCCCACCUCACCAAGGAGGGCCGCGUGGAGGAGGCCGUGGCACUGCGCAUCGUCAACGAGGGCGCCGCCAUCUUGCGCCAGGAGAAAACCAUGCUGGACAUAGAAGCACCAGUCACAGUGUGUGGGGACAUCCAUGGGCAGUUCUUUGACCUUAUGAAGCUGUUUGAGGUGGGUGGCUCGCCGGCCACGACGCGUUACCUCUUCCUGGGAGACUAUGUGGACCGGGGAUACUUCAGUAUCGAGUGUGUUUUGUACCUUUGGUCGCUGAAAAUCCUCUACCCAAAGACGCUAUAUUUACUGCGAGGAAACCAUGAAUGUAGACAUUUGACAGAAUACUUCACCUUCAAACAAGAAUGUAAAAUCAAGUACUCGGAGCAGGUGUAUGACUCAUGCAUGGACGCUUUUGACUGCCUUCCCCUGGCUGCCCUCAUGAACCAGCAGUUUCUGUGUGUCCAUGGAGGACUCUCACCAGAAAUACACAACUUAGAUGACAUAAAGAAGAUAGACCGGUUCAAGGAGCCUCCAGCGUUUGGGCCCAUGUGUGACCUACUGUGGUCUGACCCUCUGGAGGACUUUGGCAACGAGAAAACCCAGGAGUACUUCAGCCACAACACAGUCCGAGGCUGCUCCUACUUCUACAGUUAUCCAGCUGUAUGUGAUUUCCUACAGAACAAUAACUUAUUAUCAGUCAUCCGAGCACAUGAAGCACAAGAUGCUGGCUACCGGAUGUACCGGAAGAGCCAAACCACCGGCUUCCCCUCCCUAAUCACCAUCUUCUCAGCGCCAAACUACCUUGAUGUUUACAACAACAAAGCUGCAGUCCUGAAGUAUGAGAACAACGUGAUGAACAUCCGGCAGUUCAACUGCUCCCCUCAUCCCUACUGGCUGCCCAACUUCAUGGACGUGUUCACCUGGUCCCUGCCCUUUGUGGGGGAGAAAGUCACAGAGAUGCUGGUGAAUGUGUUGAGCAUCUGCUCUGAUGACGAGCUCAUGAAUGACGGAGACGACCAAGAGAUCCUUGAUGCCAACGCAGCUGCAGCUCGGAAGGAGGUCAUCAGGAACAAGAUCCGCGCCAUCGGGAAAAUGGCCACGAUGUUCAAAGUGCUUCGGGAGGAGAGUGAGAACGUGUUGACGCUGAAGGGCCUGACGCCUACUGGCAUGCUGCCCAGUGGGGUGCUCUCUGGGGGAAAACAGACCCUGCAGAGUGCCACCACCGAGGCCAUCGAAGCCAUCGACACAGACACUGAGGACGGAGAAGCCAUCCGUGGGUUCUCUCCCCAGCAUAAGAUCGCCAGCUUCGCAGAAGCUAAGGGGCUAGACCGUAUCAACGAGCGCAUGCCACCCCGCAGAGUCGGGGUCAACCACGUGGGACAGUCCAUGGGCAAGAUGAACAUGUCCGAGGCCAACGGCACGGAAGACAAUGACAAUGACAAUGACAACAGCAACGUCCAGUGAUGCUGAGGCCCGCCCCAGAGCUCAUGCGACUGCUGCGCUGUGCGACAAGACAUCGCCAAAUCGUGAUAUCAGACCUCCGAAUAAAGAUACAACAAAACACAGACACAACACAUCUGCAUCUACCGCUGCUGCUCCUACAUCCAAUUAGAGAAACGAAUCAAAUGUUAAGUCUCUUGUACAAAUGGGUAAGGUGGUAUAUUUUUUGACGCCAGGUCACCACAUGGGGGGGAACUGAGCUCAGAGGGGGAGGUUUUCCCGCUCUUUGGUCUGUGGAUUGGGAGGGGGUAGUGGGGUCAGAGAUUAGGGAAGGGACAUGGAGGAGGCGAGCGGGGCGGGAUGGAACUAGUUGGGAUGAGGUCAAGGGGGUGUGGUCCUGUGGGUGUGUCUGCUGGUCCCUUUCUCAGUCCAAUCACAGACCGAGUAGGCAGGGUUUAGAGUCCCGAACUCUCUCCCAUGUCCUCUACAUCCUCAAAGGGUCUGAUACGAGACCCAUGCCACACACACAUUUUACCAUUUUUGAUUAAGUUUCACUCGUGAACUCAUCUCAUACAGAAAUAAUCUCGCUACUCAACAUGUUUUGCUACUAGUAGUAAUAAAAACAAAUCCAAAAAGAGAAAAUGUUAUUUGUAAGAAAGGGCAUUUGAGAAGAAAAAAUAUGUACAUUUUACUACUUGCAAUGCAAUCUUACCCGGAGAACUUUUAUUUCUUGAUUUAUUUUGUGGUAAGACGCCAUGAGCCUGCAGAGGGUAGGGGUGGAACGUGGGCUUGACUGUGGCCUCUCCACCAACCAAAGCCACAGUCUGUCAUGUUUAGGGGCUGCAGUUCCAGCUACCUUCCACCUACCUUCUACCUGAUUGUUUUUCACUUGCCUGUAACUAAAGAGAGAGAAUGCACACGGUUUGUCAAAUCUGCUGUCGCAGUAAAAAAAAAAAAAAUCUUAUAUCUAUAUAUAUAAUUAAUUAUAAAGAUGGACAAUAACAAAGACAAUGAUUUUUAACAGCAUCUACGUUACGGAACGCAUCAAUGCAUGCAAUUAAGUUCCUUAUUGAUAUGUACAAUUUUUAUUGUGAUGUGUUUCAAUAGAGUAGACUUGAAUUAUUUCCCUCUUCAAAGAUAUUUUGGUUUUUUUUACAUAUCAUUUUUCAUUCUUGCUUCCUUUGAUUUGAUUUUGUACAUUUUGUCAUCAAUAUUAUUUUUAAUUUUAUUACGGUUUUGUAUUUUUAUAUUGUUUCGCUCUACAGACACAGAUGCUCUCUUUAAGGUGUGAAGCCUUGUGUUUUUUUUCUGUUCUGUUGGUGUACAGAAGUUAUUCAAUCCUUUGAAUGAACUUAUUACUCCGUGAUAAGCAGCAUUCAGGCUACCAAAGCAUGCUCGCAUGGUUUGUUCAAAUGUAAACAAAUUGGACAUAAUGAAAAUCCUGUGUCUCACUUUCUUUUAAAAGGAAAAAAUGUAUAUUCUCAUUAGUUCUUGAUGAUAUUCCUAUGAUUCUAACGAUUUAAGCUUACAGUUUUUCCCCCACCCUUCCACUGUUUUCUGAUCCUUGAUUGGUCUAGACAUGGUUUAUUUCGAAGAAGGAAUUUCAUGGAUUUUAACUUGUGACAAUUUUUCUUGUAAUUUUCUCUGGAACUAAUUUUUGGCAUUUGAAUUCCUAAAUGAUACACAUAUGGUAAGCAUGCCCUAUGGGACAAAUCACAUUUUUUACUCUUGAAUAAAAUAUGCAUGAAUCAGUA